UAUCUCUGUUUUUGCUUAUGGUUCUUUUCUGAAUUUUAUAAUAUCUGCCUCUCACUCUGUGUGUGUUUGUGUCAUAUAUGAGUUUGUGGGUGUGGGUGUGGGUGUUUGCGAGCUUUUGUUCGUUUGCUUUUUUACUUGUUUUGAGUGCAACUGUUUGUUUGGAUUUCCCUGUCCACUUUGUUCUUUUGUUAAUCCGCGGAAGAGUCCUAAGCGGCCGAGGCCUUGGAGUUUUUCUCGGCUUCUUGUCGAUUUGUUUGUUGUUUCAGUUCAAUUCAUUCCAAGAGCAUACAUAUGAGAUAGUCAGGGGGAAGAAGGAAGAAGAACAGUGCUAAUCCGAGCAACAAUCCAACGGGGGGCAACCGAAAAGGAAAUUUUCUGUCCCUGUGAUUGAGUUAGUGCGCGAGCGAGGAUAAAUUUGGGAGGCCAUGGCAUCGAAUUCAUCGGCUGCAGCGGCGGCGGCGUUCUUCGGGAUUAGCAGGGAUGGGGACCAGCAUGACCAGAUUAAGCCGCUGAUAUCACAGCAGCAACAGCAGCAGCUGGCGGCGGCACUGCCCGGCGUGGUAGCAGCGACGCCGACUGCGGCAUCCAGCCAAGGCGCACCGGCGGCGGCGCCACCGGCCAAGAAGAAGAGAAACUUACCAGCAGAUCCGGACGCGGAGGUGAUAGCGCUGUCGCCGAAGACGCUGCUGGCGACGAACCGGUUCGUGUGCGAGGUGUGCAACAAGGGGUUCCAGCGGGAGCAGAACCUGCAGCUGCACCGGCGCGGGCACAACCUGCCGUGGAAGCUGAAGCAGAAGAACCCGGCGCAGGCGCAGCGCCGCCGCGUGUACCUCUGCCCGGAGCCGACGUGCGUGCACCACGACCCGUCCAGGGCCCUCGGCGACCUCACCGGCAUCAAGAAGCACUUCUGCCGCAAGCACGGCGAGAAGAAGUGGAAGUGCGAGAAGUGCUCCAAGCGCUACGCCGUGCAGUCCGACUGGAAGGCCCACUCCAAGAUCUGCGGCACCCGCGAGUACCGCUGCGACUGCGGCACCCUCUUCUCCAGGAGGGACAGCUUCAUCACGCACAGGGCCUUCUGCGACGCGCUGGCGCAGGAGAGCUCCAGGCUGCCGCCGACGAGCCUCACCAGCCUCACUAGCCACUUGUACGGCGCCAGCAACGCCGGGAACAUGGCGCUGAGCCUCUCGCAGGUGGGCUCCCACCUCACCACCUCCCUCCAGGAUGGUCACCACCACCACCACCACCCGUCCCCCGAGCUGCUCCGCCUCGGCGGCGCGGGCGGCGGCGGCGGGAGCAGCAUCGCCGCGCGCCUCGACCACCUGCUGUCGCCGUCCGGCGCGUCUGCGUUCCGCCCCCCGCAGCCGGCGUUCUUCCUCAACGCUGCUGCUGCGGCGGCGGCUACCGGGCAGGACUUCGGUGAUGACGCUGGCAAUGGGCAGCACUCGUUCCUUCAGGCCAAGCCGUUCCAUGGCCUCAUGCAGCUGCCCGACCUCCAGGGCAAUGGUGCAGGAGGCCCCGGCGCUCCGGGUGCUAACCUCUUCAACCUUGGCUUCUUCGCCAACAACGGCAACAGCUCGGGAUCUAGCCAUGAGCAUGCCAGCCAGGGGCUAAUGAGCAAUGACCAGUUCAGCGGUGGCGCAGGCGGCGGCGGCGGCUCUGAUGCGUCGGCGGCGGGGAUCUUCGGCGGUAACUUUGUUGGUGGCGAACAUGUCUCUCCUGCAGGUCUCUACAACGAUCAGGCGGCGAUGCUGCCGCAGAUGUCGGCGACGGCCCUGCUACAGAAGGCGGCGCAGAUGGGCGCGACCUCGAGCGCGAACGGCGCGGGGUCCAUGUUCCGUGGCUUCGCCGGCUCAUCGCCGCACAUGCGGCCGGCGUCGCAGCACCUGGACCAGAGCGACGCGCACCUCAACGACCUGAUGAACUCUCUCGCUGGAGGCGGCGUCAACACCGCCGCAAUGUUCGGCGCCACCAACGGCGGAACCGUCCCUGGCGCCGGGAUGUUCGAUCCAAGGCUGUGCGACAUCGAGCACGAGGUAAAAUUCAGCCAGGGCGGAGGUGGAGCCGGCGCCGGCACUGGCGACGGGACGCGGGACUUCCUCGGCGUCGGUGGGGGUGGCAUUGUCCACGGCAUGUCGACGCCGAGAGGUGACCACCACCAGAGCAGCAGCGACAUGAGCUCCCUGGAGGCCGAGAUGAAGUCCGCGUCGUCCUUCAACGGGAGAAGGAUGCCAUGAAAAAUCCAUGAUCAAGUCAUCGAUCGAGCUUGCACAAGCCGUGAGCUCCGAUCGAUCGGUAGUAGUACCAAAGUGAGAGUCCGAGACUUUGAAGCAAUGCAACCUGGGGAUUAACGCAUGCAUGCAUCCACUGGGGAGGAGCAAGCUAAGGUUAUAGUACUCCUAUAUAGCCUAAUGUCGAGUUAAUUAGCAACUAAGUCGUUCGUUCCGAGAUCGAUCAAUCGCAUGAUCGAGUUGGGUGCAUGCAUGCAUGGGAUAAAGCUAUAGGUCAGCUAGCUAUAUAGCUCUUCAUCGUAUGAAUGACCUGGAAAACUUGGGGUUAGUCAUGGAAGAGAGGGCGUCCUCUCUGACUAAAUUAAGUAAUUAAGCUAGUGCGAGUGGACGCAUGUGAUGACCCUUGCUCUCGGUGGGGUUGGUGUUAAUGCCGUUGUUAUUGUUCUUGUUGUUUGGAUUCCCCCCUCCUUGUAGUUGGAUCUUUUGCUGGGUUAAGUAUAGUUCCAUAGAGCCAAUAAGAAUGUUAAUUUGUAGCUAGCUCAAUGCGGAAGACGGUGGCUUAAUU